AUAUAUUGUAUUACAUUAACAUACAUUGCAUAGCAUGUAGCAGAUGCUAUUAUCCAAAGCCACUUUAACAUGCAAUCUAUAUAUACAGGAUGUUUAUGAAAGGGGAAAACGUAGAUUGUUCAAGAGAAAGCAGCAACAGGAGACAAGCUCCAACCCCUCCCAUCCAGGACUUUAUUUAAUUUUAUAAAUAUUUAUUUAACCUCUUGAGUUCUCGUCUGCGAGAGAGACCUGGUAAGAAAACAUAUUAUUUAUCGAACUACUGUGGAAAACAGGGAGACUAGGAAGAUUUGGAAAUUACUGUCUUUUCCCACAGAAUUAAAGGUCCUUUGCUUUCUGCUCCAGCUCUGAGCUCUUGGGUUGUUGUUUUCCGGACCGGAAGUAGUAGCACGUUGCCUCAGCCUCUUUCGAUUGAAAGAUCCCUGGUUUGCGGUGUCGAUCGGCCGUACAUAGGGGCAGCUUUGUGGUGCAGUAUGCGAAAGACUUGUUACGAUGGCGUGGCGGUCGCGUACUCGCAGCUUACAAGUGUUCGACACGGAGCUGAGUGCUGAUGCUGUGGAGUGGUGCCCGGUGCCCCAGUGGGACAAUGUGCUGGUAUGCGGAACAUACCAGUUGCAGAAGACGCCAGAUGAGGCAGGCGUUGGGUCUGCCAGCCCCAGCCGUGUUGGGCGUGUAUACCUGUUCCAGUUUCGUCAGGAAGGCGCGCUUUGCCCACCUCUCACAGAGGUUCAGAGAAUCGACACUCCGGCUAUACUGGAUAUGAAGUGGUGUCAUGUACCAGUGUCAGGGCUUCCUCUGCUGGGCACAGCCACUGCCACUGGGGAGCUGAAGUUGUACAGAUUGAUUGACGCUCAGGAAGGCAGCUGUGCCCUGGAGGUGUUGUCAAGCCUGGAGCUUGGCCCAGAUAGGCUGGCUCUGUCUUUGGACUGGUCCACAGGGAGAGGAGACAGCAGCAGUGGGAUGCGCGUGGUGUCCAGUGACUCAGCGGGCUGUGUUAACGUGCUCUCCGUAGGCGAGGCGGGCCUCGCCGCCGUCUCUCAGUGGAAAGCUCACGAUUUUGAAGCCUGGAUUUCUGCGUUCAGCUACUGGGACACUCAGCUGCUGUACUCCGGUGGCGAUGACUGCAAGCUGAAGGGCUGGGAUCUUCGGAUCAGGCCUUCCUCCCCCACCUUCACCAGCAAGAGGCACACCAUGGGCGUGUGUAGCAUUCACAGCAACCCUCACCGGGAACAUAUCCUGGCAACAGGCAGCUAUGAUGAGCAGGUGUUGCUGUGGGACGGGAGGAGUCUGCGGCAGCCCCUCAACGAGAGCCCGUUGGGAGGCGGCGUGUGGCGGCUCAAGUGGCACCCCACUCAAGAGCACCUCCUGCUGGCCGCCUGCAUGCACAACGACUUCCACAUCCUUCACUGCCAGCAAGCCCUGGAUGGUGAUGGAGGGGCAUGUCCAGUGGUUGCCUCCUACAUCCUGCACAACUCUCUGGCCUACGGGGCCGAUUGGUCACGCCUGGCCCUCGGGGGGCCCCCACCCUCCUCCCCCCGGGAGAAAGCUGAGGGGGGAGGGGCCAGGACCGAGGUCGGGGGUCACCUGAGGAUCCAGUACGAGUCUCCGACCGCCAGCUUCGACACGUCGCUGGAGGACGAAGAGGGGCGUUACAUACCCGAGAACUCCGCCCCUCUGGUGGCCCCGCCCCCAACCCCUGCCAAAGACGCCCCCUCCCUCUCCUGCCUGCUGGCCACCUGUUCCUUCUAUGACCACAUGCUGCACGUGUGGCGAUGGGACUGGAGCCCAGAGGAGACCAGUGCGGCGGGGGCACAGGGAGGAGCGGGCGAUCGAGAGAAGGUGGGGACGAUCGCCAACAAGGCCGAACGGGAAGAGAAAUCCGCAGCCCACCUCGUUCAAUAAAACCCUGUCCCCGGGGAGAGAGAGGAGGGGCAGGGGCCCCGCCCUUCUUUCAUGUCACCUGCAAGGGCCGCCGAGAGAGGAGAGCGUUUGAAUUUGGGAGGAGACGGACCCGAGUUCGGAGUGCGUGCGUGCUGGUGAGGUGCGGGUGUGUACCAUGCAAACCUGUAUGGGAGGAUUUGGAGAAUCAAAAUGUACACACAAGCAGCACAGCGCACGUCUGUUCUGUGUCCAAAUGUUUCUUUGCAGAGGAUCUAAUAGAACAGUGGCAACCAACCCUGUUCCUGGAGAUCUGCCGUCCCCUGGGUUUUCAUUUUAACCCUAAUUUGGCACACCCAACUUAUUAACAGCUCAACAAGAUCUCUAGCGGUUGAAUGAGGUGUCCUUUUUUCAGGUAGAUCUCCAGGAACAGGGCUGGUUACCACUGUAGUAGGAGCUUCUGUGGUAAGCACCAGUGUUCCUUAGAUUUGUCAGACAGGCUUUGUACCCACUAUGUUGGAGUGAGUUACAUGUAUAAACUGCAGAAGCAUCUGCAGUUUCAGGAGUUUUUUUAUGCAAACUGUGGAGGUGCAGUCUCCAACCCUGAUUCAGGACUGAAACUCUGCCUUUUGGAGACACCAUACCUGUAAUGCAUUGUCUAGGAAAGAUACAGGGAACCCAAAACAGAUUUAAAAACGAAUUAUAAAAAUUAAGCCAUGAGGACAAUGUUUUCUUAAUCUGGGAAUAAAAAGGCAUGAUUUUUUUUAAAUGUUGAAAUUACUUAACCCAUGCUUAUUACCAAAUAAAUCAGGUCAGCAGUAGCUUACAUUGAGCUUAAUGGUAUCAAACAAGGGUUUGAGAGGGUCAAUGAAUUGAUUCAUUUCAUGCACAGGUUUACUCUGACUGUAUAAAGACUGUGGUAGUAGGUAUGGUAGUCAAUGUUUGCAAUGUUACAGCCCUACCACUGUUGUUCACAAUGUAUUAGUACAAUAUAUGUACUAUAUAAAUAAAAUAAAGAUUUAUCCAUUUUAAAUCAA